AUGUCCUCCGAGUUUCCAUCGCGAGAGGAAAGAGCUGAGGUUCCACAACCUGUGAAGAAGCGUGGCCGUUUCGCAGUUUGUGCGGAAGGUAUAGGCCUCAACUCCGAAAGAAGCCAGUCCUCCGGGAGAAGGGAAAAUAGAGAACCUGUUCCGAAGGGAUAUGUUCGCUAUGAACUCGACGAGGAGGACUCUGAGGACGACCCUGACUUUGAGGCUAAUGCAGACGUACUUGCAGAUGAAGAUGACGAUGACCAGUACAAUGGCCUAGUAGACAUCAAUGAAGGGGAGCUAGCACCUGAUACCACGCGUCGGUCGGAAGCCGAACUCAACCAUAUUCUGAACGACCCACGCAUUCAACAGUCCACCCGACGAAUUGCAAGCAGAAACGGAGCAUUCGAUGACCUAGCGCGACCAUCCGAACUUUAUCCUACCAACCAUGCAUCUCUACCUUCACUAGGGCCCGAGCUUGGCCAAGAUCCAGACUUUGACCUAGAUGAUCCCGACUUCGAGGUUGAUAAUCUUGACUCGACCGACGAAGAAGACGAGCGGGAGGAUUCCGAACCAUUUGAUGAAAACAAUGAAGAUGAAAAUAUACAUCUCCCUGAUGACACUAUUGAAUUCGAUAAUUUCCAUGACUCAAAUGACAUAGAAGUGGACGAACUAGAUGAGGCAGAUUCGGAUGAAUCUGGAUGCGAGGCAGAAGAAGAAGAAGAUGAGGACGAUGAGGACGAUGAAUUUGAUGGGAAGGAAGGCGCUCCGGAUGAGUAUCAGCAGUUUCUCAUGGGCAUUCUGGCGGAAUCGGGAGAUAGAGUUACCGAAGGCAGCCGUGAUGUUCCUGGGGGACUACCUCCCCCAAGUUGGGCUUUGGAUGAUGAUGAUGAUUUCGACUACCUGCGAGAGUCAGCUAGAGUACAAGACGACCCUCUUGAAUAUAGAGAUGAUUUGCAAGUCUCUCGGAAAGAACUGGUUCAGUUGUUCUCGAACAGCACGGUAGGGCUACGCCGACAAACGCGUCAUUCACGAGCUUCCCAGACUGUUAAGCCGAGGCAAUCAAAUAGAUCAAUCCGUGCCCUCCCAAUUUCACGAACAUUGUCCUCCGCACCAGCUGCGGCAGCCUCUGCACCGCAUCCGGUCGUUAACGGAGCCGUUUCAAACACACUAAGGAGCCAAACAGGUCCAUCUGCGAACCGAAGCGUGCCUACUCCGUAUAUUGGAAGUCCAAACGCACCUUUCAUCAACCUUCCCGUCCAUUGUGUGAACAUGUUGCAUGAACAAAUGUCCAUUCAUGUACAGCUGCUUACCGCUGUUCAUGCCAAGGCGAAGAAGGUUUCACGAAGUGCUCGUGAGCCACGUUUUGAAAGCGGCGCGAAUGAAACCGUAGACAUUUCGACUGCAAACGCUGCCGCAAAUCGUUCCGAAGUGUUGCUGCGAGGAUUAGUAGAAAACAAGAAAGUGUCCGCACUAUACCACCAGGCACUGGCAACCAACUUGUCACGGUUGAAGGCAUUUUCUGAAAAGCUUCUGCAUCGAGACGGAAACGCUGCGUUCAAAUAUGAGACCUGCAAGACUUCAGCGUACAAUCUUCCGGUUCUUGAUUUGCUUGAGCAAUUUAUCAGCGACUGCAGAAAUGCAAACCUGGAGGAGAUGCCCGGUAACGUACUCGCUCGCUUCAAACCAUUUCACAAUCCCCAAAUAUCUCAAGCUAUGUGGACUCGCCCUCAAGGACGACAGUAUUCAGCUUCAGGUUUACGUCCAGGUUGGUUUUCGUGGACAGCCGGAGACGAUUUUUUGCUUGCAAUAACGAUGGCAAAAUACGGCAGCAAUGAGGUCGGGCAGUUUUCGAAAGAUUUACUUCCGCAUCGAAAAGAGGAUGAUUGCCAAACUCGUGUUAAAUAUCUCUCAUCGCGACGCUGCCCAGAUAACCCAGUCAAGAGACAAGUAAUGCUGAUAACCUCACCUCUCAACAACUAUGAAGUAGAGCAAGUCACACGUGGGUUGAGCAUGUUUGGGCGCGGCGCAUGUCUUGAUGAUGCAGCAGUAUGGAAGCGUAUUCAGGCAGAGCUUCUGCCGGGGCGCGAGUGGUCCCACUUGCAGAAGCUUUGGCAUUGGAGAGAGACUCGACGCAAAUACAAAGCGAAGUACAGAGCAAGGUCGUACAAGAAGAAGAAGGCAAUGAAGGAGCGCACACUACCAACCUAG